UCAACAAUUAACUGCAGACAAAAGAAAAAAAAAAUCCCUUUCAAGUCCGCGUUCCGCAAUUCACUAUCUUGAAACCCUAAUCUGCUCUCCAAAAUCACUCCCACCAACAAUUACCUCUCAAGUUUCCCACCAUUCUACGCGUCUUUCUCAAAACGCCGUUGAGUUUCUUUUUCGAAGCUCUCCGGGUCGUUUUCCGGUUCAAUUUCGAGGAAUUGGACGGUAAAUUAUUAGGGUUUCAUUUUACGCCACAAGGAUAGGUUAAAGUUCGAAACUUUCUAAAAGGGUUUUAUUUAAAACCUCUUUUUUAUUUUAAUCGAGUUUUAGUUUCUUUGAAGUAUUUAGGGUUUGGUGAAAUUUCAAUGGACAUUGGGGAUUGAAUGGUAGCGGUUGUCUGUAGCUUGAAUUUGUGAAGAAGUCGGUUGGUUUGUUACAGUGGUUGAGUUUUUUUUCGUGAUUAAAAGGCUGAAAGUGACAAGCUUGAAUUUUUAGGAGUUGAAAUGGAUUACGAGCUUUCUGAUAGCAGCGGAACUGAUGAUGACCUUCCACCUACACAUCGAAAUAGAUUCCAAAGUGGGGCGCGAACUGCUGGGAAUGGAAGAUCUGCAGUUGGUGGUGCUGCUUCACAGCCAAGGUUGCAUAGUGACAUGGAAACUCAAAUCCACAACAUUGAACAAGAAGCAUACACUUCAGUCCUGCGUGCCUUUAAAGCCCAGUCAGAUGCUAUUACUUGGGAAAAGGAAAGUCUAAUUACAGAACUCAGAAAAGAACUAAGAGUUUCAGAUGAGGAGCACAGGGAGCUCCUAGCCAGGGUUAACGCUGAUGAUAUGAUUCGGAGGAUAAGGGAAUGGAGAAAGGCGAACGGGAUCCAACCUAGCAUGCCAAGCACUGCCCAGCCUUCUCACGAUCCUAUACCUAGUCCUACUGUUUCAGGAUCACGCAAGAAGCAGAAAACCUCACAGUCAGUCGCAUCAUUGUCCAUGGUUGUACCUUCUCCUGUAUUGCAUCCAUCUAUGCAACCAUCUACAUCAGCCCUGAGACAUGGCCCUCCACCUGGAUCUGGGAACAAGAAGCCCAAAUCAUCCAUGCAGCAGCGUUCUACAGGUUUGUCCAGCAGGGCUCAAGCUGCUAAUCGUGGUUCUUCAGGUGUCUUCGCAACCAAUGAUUUAAUUGGAAAGAAAGUUUGGACUCGAUGGCCAGAGGAUAACCACUUCUAUGAAGCUGUUAUAACUGACUACAAUCCAGUUGAGGGUCGGCAUGCUUUGGUUUAUGAUAUUAAUACUGGGGAUGAAACAUGGGAAUGGGUCAAUCUCAAAGAGAUAUCUCCUGAAGAUAUUAGGUGGGAGGGUGAGGAACCAGGACUUUUCCGUAGAGGUGGCCGGCCUGGACCAGGCCGUGGGAAUAAGAAAGCCAUUGCACGUGGUGGUGCAGUUGUCACUGCAGGAAGAGGUAGAGGAACCACAAAGGGUCAGUCCAAAAAAGAUUUCCCUUUAAUCCAGAAUGGCAUUGGGAAGAAGGCUAUGGGUGAUAUUGAGAUACUUCACACAAAUACUCUAAUCAAGGAGGUAGAAAAAGUUUUUGGUGCUAGCCAUCCUGAUCCUUUGGAAAUUGAGAAAGCAAAGAAAGCUCUGGAAGAACAAGAACAAGCCCUGGUCAACGCCAUUGCAAGGCUUGAAGAAGCAUCAGAUGGUGAGAGUGGCUAAUCAUUUUGGUACAUGUGUAGCCCUGGUCUUAGUCCUCCAUCGAAGUGGAUUAUUUUCACCAGAAAACCAUACAUUAUUGAUAAUGAAAAGAAUAAAAUCUUCUUUUUCUUGACAUCAAAGCAGAUGAGGGGGAACAUCCAUUUCCCCGUGUUCAAUCAAUGGACCAAGAUCGGGGAUGGAGAAAACGGUCAUAUGAUGAGAUUGUUGGUGAAGGUAGAGGAAUUGAAGGUUCAGAUGGCAACAAAAUGGCAAGAAAUGGCAGAAUUGUUUCAAGUGAUCAGCAUGAUGAGAACUAUGACAUGUGAUUAUUAGGCUUAUUGUCAACCAGUGACCCUGACUUGUAUUAUAGCUUCCUCAAAUUUUAUGGCCAGCCAAGAGCAUGACAAUCCCUGGGCUUAUAUAUUAGCUAGGGAAGACAGUAGCUUUGAUUUCAGUGUAACUUUAGUUUCAUUGAAGUAGGAAAAUGUUGAUGUAAAUUAUUUUCAGAGUGAUAUCUGACCAUGUAAAAAUGGCUAAAUGGCUUUGAAUCUCUUAUCGUUUUUGCAAUAGCAAUGUGGUAAUAGCUUGGACGUUACUCUCA